UAACGAGCAAAGCAGCAACAGAAGCAGCAGCAGCAGCAAAAAUCUGUACACGUGUCGCAUACACAAUGCGAAGCAUGCGGCAAGGGAUCGACGACAGCAGAGACAACGGCAACAUCAGCAACAACAACACCAACAAAUGAAUUGCGUUAUAAUUUCAUUAAGGACAAAAACCUUUUCAGUCAACGGCAAAAAAGUUGAAGGGCUAAGAAGAAAAGGACGAACGCUUAAGUAGACUAAAGUAGAGUAAAAGUGAAGCAAAGCCGCAGGACCCAAGAGGCGACAGUAACAAAAGCCUUGCCAACUCACAGGCCCUGCCAAGCAAAAAUCAAGCGACUGGCAUUUUUAUGAAAUUAAUACAAAAGACGCAGACACAGCAGCGACAGCGGGUGUGGCACUGAGAACAGUUGCGGCAAAAAGGGGCGCCACAUCAGCAAUGACAGCAGCGACGUGGACACAAUGAUGAGCACUCGCACUCUGAUAAUAAUGGCGGCCCAGCAACGGGCUAGCGGGAAGCGCUUUUAUUGCCUGACACUCGAGUAGGCAACGUGAUUCGUUGCCAAGUCGAGACGACAGCCAAACCGAGUAGCCGAGAAGCUGAGAUCAACGUUAUAUUACAACGACUGCGCUUAGAUGUCGCUAAUGAUAUUUGCGUGACGCGGAAGAGGAACUCUAAAAACGUCACCUUCAUUUACUAAUUUGACAUGCAAACGUGACCAAGUGUCGCACAACCUUCUAAAAAUAGGAAAGCCAAGACAAAAAAAAAUAACAAAAAACUCAUAAAGCUUAGACAAAGCCAAUAGACAAAACGGUGUAACACAAUGCCACGCCUAUUGCAAUUACAACUCCCACUGCUGCUGCAGCUUCUGCUGCUGCAGUGCAUCCUUGCCUGCCCGCCGGAUGUUUGUGUUUGCAAAUGGAAGGGCGGCAAGCAGACGGUUGAGUGCGGCGGACAGCAGCUGUCAAGCCUGCCGGAGGGCAUGGAUCCGGGCACACAGGUGCUCAAUUUUACCGGCAACGGACUUCAAGUAUUGCAGAGCGAGCGUUUCCUGCGCAUGGAUCUGCUCAAUCUGCAGAAGAUCUAUUUGUCGCGCAAUCAGCUGAUACGCAUACACGAGAAGGCAUUUCGCGGACUGACCAAUCUGGUGGAGCUCGAUCUGAGCGAGAAUGCGCUGCAGCAUGUGCCCAGCGAAACGUUCCAGGAUUACAGCUCACUAAUGCGCCUCUCACUCAGCGGCAAUCCCAUACGCGAGCUAAAGACCUCGGCCUUUAGGCAUUUGUCCUUUCUGACAACCCUGGAGCUGUCCAACUGUCAGGUGGAGCGCAUCGAGAAUGAGGCCUUUGUGGGCAUGGACAAUCUGGAGUGGCUGCGCCUGGACGGCAAUCGCAUUGCCUUCAUCCAGGGCGCGCAUAUACUACCCAAAUCGCUGCACGGCAUCAGCCUGCAUAGUAAUCGCUGGAACUGCGACUGCCGCCUGCUGGACAUAUACGGCUGGCUGGUUAGUCACAAUACGCCGCUGGCCGAGGAGCCCAAGUGCAUGGAGCCGGCGCGUUUAAAGGGCCAGGUAAUCAAGGGUUUGCAGCGGACGCAGCUCGCCUGCCUGCCCGAGGUCAGUCCGCAGUCGAGCUACACGGAGGUGAGCGAGGGCCGCAACAUGUCCAUAACAUGCCUGGUGCGCGCCAUACCCGAGCCGAAGGUGCUCUGGCUAUUCAAUGGCCAGGUAAUGAGCAACGAUAGCCUGCUGGACAAUCUGCACAUGUUCUACUAUAUAGACGAGAGCGGCGGCAGUGGCGCCGAGGAGAAACGCAGCGAGAUCUUCAUAUACAAUGUGGGCGCCGAGGAUAAUGGCACCUUCUCUUGCGUGGGCCAAAACAUAGCCGGCACCACGUUCAGCAAUUAUACGCUACGCGUGAUCAUCAAGGAGCCUCCGGUGGUGAAUGAGGUCUCCUUUCCGCGCGACUAUAUGAACUACAUUGUGGCCAGCAGUGCCGGUGGUGGCAUCAUCUUCGCCGUGUUGCUCUGCACCAUUGUGGUCAAGUGCAAGCGCGGCACGGAGCCGGCCAAGCGCAAGAAAUGCGACCAGGUGACCAGCAUUGCUGGUGCCACCGACUCGACCAAUGGCAACAGCCAGGAUACCGGCAUGAUGAAGUGCGCCUCCAUACUCAAUGAUGGCGAUAGCUUAAACGGCGGCGCCGGGCUGCUGCUCAGCGACAAUCUGACACCCACCAAGGCCAGCAACGGGUCUGCCGGCGGUUCUGCCAAUGUUGGCGUUGGCAGCGGUGGCGGCCUCAUUCUUGGCGGUCAAAUGAAACAGAAUCUACUGCUCUACGCCACGCCCAAUACGCAUCCACAUACCCAUGCCCAGCAGCAUCAACAGCACCAGCAGCACCAGCAGCACCAGCAGCAGCAGCAACAGCAGCUACAGCUCAACGUGAACAUGAUGAACGCUGCGGCGGCUGCAGCUGCUGCCGGGUCGCCCCCGCUGCUGCUGAGCAACGGCCUGGCUGCCGCCUACUGCUCGCCACCUGCGUCGCUGCGCAACUACCCGGAGAAGAACCCAGAUCUGGUCAACGAUGCGGAGAGUGUCAAGCACAAGCUGAAGACGGCCGUCUCGCUGGAUGGCGCUGCCGACUAUGAGACAGCCAGCGACUGUGGGCAGUAUGAGGGCUGUUAUCAGCUGGCCACGGCCACGCCCCAUGCGCAUGCCAUGCUGGGCAUGGGUUCACGCUUUGCUGCCGCCAUGACGACCCUGCCGCGUGGCAUGCAGCUGAAAUCGGUGCUGAGCUCUGCGUCCGCAGCAGCAGCCACAUCACCACACCAGGUGGAUGUGCAUUUGAAUCCGGUUUGCUUUUUGGGCCAGGAUGGCUACGCCUACGACUACAGCAGCGCGCACCUGGUGCAACAGGUGGCAGCCGCGCCGCACAACCAACAACAGCAACAGCCGCAGCAGAACUUUUACCGCACGCUUCCACAUAAUCGCGCCCACAAGCAACAGCAGCAGCAGCAGCAACAAUUUGCGGCCGCGGCAGCUGCACAAAAUGCCAGCCUGCGCUACAGCCUGGAGGCGGAGUUUGUACAGCGCGCACCUCCCGUUGCCUACGAGAAAUAUCAGUUACCGAAUGUACGCUUUACUGCCGAGGGCUAUCCCCAGCAGCAGCAGCAGCAGCAGCAGCAACAGCAACAGUUGCAGCUGCAGCAGCAAUUUCCCUCGCCACCAGAGGGCUACAAGAGCAGCGAUCUGCCGUUGCCAGCCUUCCAGCAGUGGCCGAGCUGCCUGCCCGGCUAUCAUGCACAGCCAUUGCGCUACGGCCACAGCCCAUCGCCCUCGCCAGCGCUGACAGCAGCAGGAGCAGCUGCGACGCCCGCACCCACGCUGGAGAGCAAUGCGGUCAACGGCAGCGCCACCAUACCGGAACUGGAUGAGAGCGAAACAUCGCCCAGUGGCUCGAAUGCGGCCAUGGCCGAGGCGGAGUGUGCUGGCCGCAGCAAUAGCAACAGCAACAGCACGGAGUCGUCGGAUACAUCUAAGCUGAAGCAGCUGAACGGACCGCUGGCGGACAGUCCGGAUGAGGGCUACGUGGGUGAUGCGCAGGAAACGAGCGACAUUUGACAACGUGGACCUGCUGCCGGCCAGGAUGCUGCCUUAGACGACUCAGUGGCUCUGUAAAUAGCCGCGCGCUGAUGACACGCACACAGACAUGCGCGUACUUAAAUAGAUUUAGUUUGUGUCCGUAUCCGUAUCCUUUGUUGCAGUUAGCCCACGACAAACAAGCUGAUGAAACAACAGUCGCCGAGUCAAACAAAAGACGAAAACUUAACCCAACCUGAAACUAAGUCCAACAGCAGAAGAAAACAAAAAUAAAUUUAGCGAACCGAAUUAAAUAUGCCCUUGCAGAAUGAACAUUAAUAAUAGAGUAUUCCGAAUUGACAAAAAGUUUGGUGAGCCGAAUUAAAUAUUAACUUGCAGAAUAUUUCCUUAUAAUGGAGUAUUCUGAAUUGACAUGAACCGCAUUAAAUAUGCCCUUACAUAAUGAAUCUCUAAUAAUAGAGUUUUCCGAAUUGACAAACAGUUUGAUAAACCUGGCAGAAUGUGCCCUUAGAAUAGAGUAUACAGAAUUGGCAGAAGUUUUUUGCUGCUGUUUGCCUGAAAAGUAUUUUUUCCCUAUUUGACUUUAAAGUAUAUUUUAAAAAAUAUUUCAAUAGUCAAAAUAAUUUAUUUUGUCUAGGAAUUGAUCAGGGUUCAAUUAGUAAUCCAUUUGAUUAGAAAGUUCAAUGCUCUAUAGAAAGAAAUUGAAAGGGAAAGUUAAUGGUAUUGUAUAUUUUGUGACCCCAUGGUUAAUAUUUUUGUUGGCAAACUUUUUACGCAAGUUGCUUGUCCCCGCUGCAAGGGUAUAACAAAAGGGCAGAGGCGACCUAACCUAAUAAAGCCGAAAAACAAAGACGCGACGCUAAACAAAAGGCUCCGACUCAGGCUCCGGCACCGGCUCUAGUCCCGACUCUAGCCCCGGCUCUGACUUCAGCUUUGGCAGUUGUUAUUGUUGUGUUUGUUGUUGUUGUUAGGACAGACUCCUGCUUCUGCACCGCGCCGCUCGGCCGUCCAGCCAUGGCUAUGCGUGCCUCGAGUGGCAAGCUGGCAGCAUUUUAUUUCCGUUGAUGUAAUUGAAAAAGUUUUUCAUUUAAUAUAAACUUUUCAGCGUCUUGCCCGGGCUCUCAAGCCAUAAAAAAGGGCCGCGCAAAAUUUUAUUUUUUAAAAGAAAGCAGCAAAGCAAAAGAAAUGCCAGGCCUAUGCCUACUAUUGUUGUGUUGUGUUGCGUGUGUGUGUUUGUGUGAGUUUGUUGUGGGUUUGUUUGCUUGCCGAUUGAGUUGCUUUUGGCGACGUUGUUGGCUGACAAUUGACUUGCCUGUGCCCACAUGUCACAUGCUACAACCACCCAAACCCACUCCAGGCGCAGCCCCAAUGCAGUGGCAACUCGUCUGCGCACUCCAGACUCAAGUGUCUCGUGUGUUGUUGCCAUGACGACACCUGCUCGGUGACACAAAGGAUUUCAAACCUGGACCGAUCUGGGAAUGGGCUCAAGUGGCCUACACGGUGCUGUUGAUUCCUAGCCAGAAGGCGGAUGCCGUGUAGCUGAAGUGCCAAGUGUUCCGGCCAAAUCGCGAGUGGCAUUAAGGGUUUCCUUUUGUAUUGUGCUCUAGUUUAUGAAAUUUUAAUUUGGGCCACAGCAGCACCAAGCUGUAUUUAAAUUAUUUAUUGUAUUUGUUUUUGUCCUAAGCAAAGACUUUGACACACAUUUUCCCCAGGUGUUUUUUUU